UCCAAAAACCCUCCCACUGAACACACCCAGGCCGCCAGGAGUCCGGAUACCUGGGAGACUCGACGACACGGGGGCGUUUCCAAACCCUGCUGUGUGGGGCCUGAGAGUGAAGGAGGUGGAGUCCAUAGUGGAUCAUCGACUCCAGCUGCAGGUCACAAGCUGCUGCAACCAGGAAGGAACGACGUACACCGACCUGUGGAAGCAUCAAGGACAGUCAACAUGAGCAGAUGUCUGAUCAGCCAGUUGGAGGUGCAGGGCUUCAUUGAGAGAUGUAUGACGGCUGUUGGCACCAAGCCGCAUCAUGCUCGUAGCCUGGCUGAGGUGCUGGUGGAAGGAGACCACAGAGGCCACUAUAGCCAUGGACUCAACAGGAUGGACAUGUAUGUGAAGGACAUCAAGACAGGGAUCUGUGCCAAGGACGGUGAGCCUAUGAUAGAGAAGGAGAGCGUGGCCACUGCGCUGGUGGAUGGGAAGAACCUCCUGGGUCCUGUGGUGGGAAACUUCUGUAUGAAUCUGGCCGUAAAGAAAGCCAAAGAAGUCGGCAUUGGCUGGGUGGUGGCACAUGGUUCCAAUCAUUAUGGUAUUGCCGGAUACUAUGCAAUGCAAGCUCUGAAGGAAAACAUGAUUGGCAUGUCCUUUACCAAUACAUCCCCACUGGUUGUUCCUUCACGCGCUAAAGAGUGCACUCUGGGCACCAACCCCAUCAGUGUGGCAGCUCCUUCCAAAGACGGAGACAGCUUUGUUCUGGAUAUGGCCACAUCAGCAGUGGCACUGGGAAAGGUGGAGCUGCAUGAGCGUCGUGGAGACACCAUUCCCGAGGGCUGGGGCUGUGACGCUCAGGGAAAGCUGACAACAGAUCCCAAGAGAGUCCUAGACGGAGGAGGACUGGUGCCCAUCGGCGGCAGUGAAGCCACAGGAGGAUAUAAAGGCUACGGUUUGGGAAUGAUGGUGGAGGUGUUCUGUGGUAUCUUGGCCGGCGCCAAGUACAGCAAACAUGUCCGCACGUGGAAAGUAACGGAUCGUGUUGCAGACCUGGGUCAGUGUUUCGUGGCGAUCAACCCAGAGAACUUUGCUGAUGGUUUUAACGACAGGAUGGCUGACCUGCUGUCCAUCCAGAGAGGCCUGGACCCCGCUGAGGCAGGGAGUCCUGUUCUGGCUGCUGGAGACCCAGAGAGGAUGAAUAUGAAGAAGUGUGAAGAGAUGGGUGGGAUUCCCUACCACAUCAAUGUUGUCAACUACAUGAAUGAAUGUGCGCAGAAAAUCGGUGUCAGCCCGCUGCUGCCAUGUGACAAGCUCAUCUCCGAUCAAUAAUCAUUCCAGCUGAAAUUCUCAACAUUGAAGAAAUCUGGCACUUUUGCUCCUCUUGACUCCUUGGCUCCUCCGCAGGGCAACGUGGGAAUGUGGCCUCAUGUACUGCAUGUUGACGGUCAUGUCUUAUGCAGAUUUUACAAAGGUUCAUUUGGAAAAAUUUUACCAUGUAAAUGUUAAGUGGAAAGGAAAAGAUCAAAGGUUCAAGGGACAUUUUGAAAACAUAUUUUUAAUAUUUUUUUGUCUGUAGAUAAUUCAUCUGCAGAUGUCAAAAUGUAAACAUGUCUUCAAGAUGUUGUUUCUCUGUGAGUGAAAUAUGCACAUUAUUUGUCUGAAGCUCUUGUUUACCAUCGGAUUUGACUGAUGGCUGUGAAUGAUCUGGGUGGUGAUGUUUAAAGGUUUAAAAAAAACGAGCCAGUUGGCUCAUUCCCAGUAAUUAAACCAUUUUUUAAAAGAUGUAUAAAAGCAUUUUAAAUUGACUAUGGGACCAUGUUCAGAUUUUCUUUUUACUCCAAGGUUAUCAUAAAACAACAUUCAUUUGUGCCUUAUUAAAAAAUAUAUAUAUAUAUCCCGAACUUUUACAUCUAUGCCUUUUAUUUCAUCACUCUUUUUCAACAUCUUCUGUAUCUUCAAAACAAGAACCCAUAUGCAUAUCAACCACAAGAUGGCAACAUGAGUUACAAUUUAUUUGUAAAAUUCCAUUUAUCAACACACCUUUAACUCACAGUUUAUUUAUAUAUAUAUAUAUAUAUAUAUGAAUGUCAUCUUUAAUAUAUUUUAUUAAUUAUUGCGUGUCAUGAUUUAACUAUGUUCAAAUCAACUUUUUUUGUGGUUUGCCUUCAUCAAUUGAGUAUUGGCUAUUCAUGUGACACGUUUUCAUUAACUUGCUAAAAUUUGAAUUAAUCAAGUUUAUUUUAAAGCAAAAUCCCACACAGCAGUUUGACUUCACACAAACAUAAUCUAAAUAUGCUGUUGGUGUAUUUUAAUAAAAAAUCUCCUCUUCAGUCUGUAGAUAACCACAAGUCUAAGUAAACUUACUUUUUAGACCGUCAAUAUACUUUGACGGUAAUUUUGUUCUACAUUUCAUUCAUUCUGUGAUGUUGGUGUUGUUUGUGAUAUGAUUUACAGAAAGCAACAAACUGAGGCUACUCCUGACCUCUGUGCUGAUCAACCCUGAGAUGGUUCAGCUGUUCUGAGUCAUUUCAGUUAACUCUUGAGUAUGUUAAACGUGCAUGUGGUGUAUAAAUACUACCAUUCACCAUGGUAACGGGUAGAGAAAGAAGAUUUAUUUUAAGCAACUGGAGCUGGAAAGAUUAAUGCGUAACUGGGCAUAUAUAUUAAAUCAUCACUGAGAGAACCAAGAGGUUAACACCAUUACAUUUUAUUGAGUGUUGUUCAAAGGACCACAUUAUUCGGUUUUAAUUUCCUUUAUGCAUUCUGAAGAGCUAAAAAUGUUGAAUAUAUUUAUUUAGCUGUAUCCUGAAGGGCACAAAGUGGUGCGGGCUGCAGACGAUGAAAAUAAAGAUCAAAUCAAAAAGACAUGGAUUUAUAGAUCAAUGAUUGUUUGACUCAACAGCCUCAAGUUUUGUGUGAUUUGUUGUUGAAAAAGCCUCAAUUAAAGUGGUAGUACAUAGUUGGAUGUCUAUUUUA